AUGCACGGAAAUGUCUCGUCCGACGCCGUCGCCGCUGACGAGGACACAACUGCUCUUAUUCUCAUUGAUAAUAGUGGCCUCAUAUUUUCGGCAACUCAACAGUAUUCAAAUUCGAUACUUGUAAUUUCUUACCAUUGGCCAGCGCUUAUUCUCUCAUUUUUUUCCAUUAUUGGUGUUAUUGGUAAUUUACUUGUUUGUCUAGCAAUAGCAACUGAACGACGUUUACAGAAUCGUACAAAUUGGUUUCUUUUUUCGUUAGCAUUUGCUGACAUGCUCGUGUCAGGUCUUGUCAUUCCAUUAGCUGUUGUAAAAGAAUUUACGGGUUUUUGGAUAUUAGGUCCAGUUCUAUGUGACUUAUGGAUAUUUUUGGACGUUUGCUCAUGUACAUCAUCAAUUAUGCAUAUUGUGGUUAUUUCAAUUGAUCGUUAUUUAGCAAUAAAUGAUCCAUUAAAUACUCGUACUCGGCAGCAAAAAUGUAAAAUUCAUAUAUUGAUUAUACUUGUUUGGUUAAUUGCUAUUCUAUUAUCAUCCCCGAUGAUAGUGUUGGGUGCAAUCAAUCCGUAUAAUAUUUUUAUUGAUGGACAAUGUUUAAUAAAUAAUCAAUUUUUUGUUAUCUACGGUAGUGUUGUUUCAUUUGUCAUCCCAUUGAUUAUAGUUAUUAUUAUGUAUACACUAACGGUACGCCGUUUAAAAGAACAAAUAAGACAGUGUCAAACACAACUUGCUCAAGAACAAUUAGCUCGUGCAGCUAGCUUAGUUGCUAAACCAUUUCUUCGACGACAUAUACCAACACGAGAUGCUGCAGCUGCUGCUCAGGUUAAUGCUGCACAAUGGACACCCAUAGCCGCUCUUGCAUCACGACGUAUGCAUUUACGAGCUAAUCAAAUGAGUUUAGAACUAAGCGAAGAAAGUGCAGAUAGUACAAGUUUACAACAGCAAAAGCAACCAACUCUUCUUCAACAACAACAAGAUCGAACCGAUCAAGUGUCUCAAAUAGAAGAAAAAGGGGUGAUAGGUCAAAAUCUAACACAACAAUCAUCAAUAAAAACUUCACCACAUAUUGAAUAUAAUUGUCCGAAAAAUCCAUUUUGUCAAUUAAAAUGUACAUGUCAUCAUCAACAGCAACAGCAACAAGAAAAACAACCACCUUUAGAAACUGUUUCUGAGCCUGAAUCUUAUGGUAACUAUUUAAAAUAUUUUCGUUGCUGUAGAACGAACAGUUCUUCUCCAUCUUCGCGUCGACGUGAUUCUUCUAAUUCUUAUCCAAUAUCAUUGACUGCUUCGACACAACCAAAACAAUUUUUAACAUCACGUAAAACGACAAGAAGAACUUGGCAUCGCCUAACAAUAACACCAAAUGUUGGCGUUUCACGGGCAAAAUCUUCAGCUGUACGAAAUGAACAAAAAGCAGUUAAAGUCCUUGGCGUUGUUUUUGUUAUAUUUGUUAUUGCAUGGUUCCCAUUUUGUAUUUUGAAUCUUUUACAAGGAGUUUGUCAACGAUGUUCAGUCAAUCCAAAUAUCUUAAAUGGUUUCGUUUGGCUUGGUUAUGUUUCAUCAACAAUUAAUCCACUUGUUUAUACAAUUUUUAAUCGUAAUUUUCGUUUGAAAUUUAUUGCUUUACUGAAAUGUCACUGUGUAUAUUCGAGUUCACGACAUCGAUAUCUGUCUUCUCAUCAAAGUCAUAUGUCUUCACAUCGAUCUCGUCCUCAAGGAAGAAACGGCGUACAUAAAAAUGAACAUCGCCAUUUAAAUACAUAUUACGAACAACAAGAAUUAAAAUUACUGAAUAAGAUACCUUCUGACCAAUCAUAA